CCCCCCUACCCAUACACCACUCCGAUGAAUACUUCAUGGAAAAAAAAGUCUCAUCUGCAGCAGCAGCAGCAGCAGGACUAACGCUGAUAAGAGGGGAAUUUGUUUAUUUUAUUCAACAUAAAAGUUUAUGUAAAAUUGGCUGGUCGUGAGCGUAAAACAAAAUAGUUGUGAAAGCGCGCUGUAAGCAAACAAUUUUAGCAUUGGUGGCGGUAACGAAAACAACAACAAACAAAUAGCAAACAACAAAAAUCCAGCAAAAUUUUGGCAGCCAAAGUGGUGGCAGCGACUGCGACGGCGACGACGACUGCGACCGCGACAGCGACAGGAUGUGGGACUCGUCAAUGUUUCUGAGCACAUUGACGCCAAAGUUUUACGUAGCGCUCACAGGCACCUCAAGCUUAAUCUCGGGUCUCAUCUUGAUAUUCGAAUGGUGGUAUUUUCGCAAAUAUGGCACAUCAUUUAUAGAACAAGUAUCGAUCAAUCACAUUAGUCCCUGGAUUAAUGGCAACGAUGCUCAGUCUGAUAAUGGCAGCGGCAGUAGCAGCAGCAGCGGCUCCUCCAGCAGCAGCAAUGGAGGUGGAGGAGGAGGGGGCGGAGGUGGUGCCAAUGGCGGUGGCAACAAUGCCAAUUCAGGCAACAGCAGCGGCACACCCGAAUGUAAAGUGUGGCGCAAUCCACUCAACUUAUUUCGCGGUGCCGAAUAUCAACGCUUCUUUUGGGCCACCAGCAAGGAGCCAUUGACGUACUACGAUAUGAAUCUGAGUGCCCAGGACCAUCAGACGUUCUUCACGUGCGAGGGCGAUGCCCGCAAGGAGGAAUACGAAAUCAUGCAGACGGCGUGGCGUGAACGCAAUCCCAUGCAACGCAUCAAAUCCGCACAUAAUGCGCUGGAGAUCAAUGCAGAAUGUGCACCCGCUUACAUACUGCUGGCCGAGGAGGAAGCGAUGACCAUACUCGAGGCAGAGAAGAUACUGAAGACGGCCCUCAAGGUGGCCGAGCUCAAUUAUCGGAAAUCGCAGGCGACCCAACAUCAAGGAGCCAUCGCUGAUGGUGUUCACAGGCGCGACACGAACGUGUUGAUCUAUAUCAAGCGACGGUUGGCGAUGUGCGCCAGGAAACUGGGCAAAUUGAAGGAGGCCGCGAAGAUGUUUCGUGAUCUGACCAAAGAGAUACCGUCGAUCAUGAGUGUGCUGAACAUACACGAGAAUCUCAUUGAGACGUUGCUCGAGAUGCAGGCGUAUGCCGAUUGCCAUGCCAUACUGGCCAAAUACGAUGACAUCUCGUUGCCCAAAUCGGCGACAAUUUGCUACACAGCGGCGCUGCUCAAGGCACGGGCUGUGGCCGAUAAAUUCUCACCGGACAUUGCCUCGAAACGUGGCCUAAGUCCGGCCGAAAUGAGCGCUGUGGAGGCCAUACAUCGGGCGGUGGAAUUUAAUCCGCAUGUGCCGAAAUAUUUGCUGGAAACAAAGCCGCUCAUUUUGCCGCCGGAGCAUAUAUUGAAACGCGGCGAUUCCGAGGCAUUGGCGUAUGCGUUCUUCCAUCUGAAGCACUGGAAACAGGUGGAGGGCGCGUUGAAUUUGCUCCACUGCACCUGGGAGGGCACAUUUCGUAUGCUGCCGUAUCCAUUGGAGCGCGGACAUCUCUUCUAUCCAUAUCCGACGUGCACAGAGUGCGCCGAUCGUGAACUUUUGCCGGCCUUCCAUGAGGUCUCGGUCUAUCCGAAAAAGGAGUUGCCAUUCUUUAUACUCUUCACGGCGGGCUUGUGCUCGUUUACCGCAUUGCUGGCGCUGCUAACGCAUCAGUAUCCGGAGCCGAUGGGUCUGCUGGCACAGACGGUACUUACAUGGAUCCUCUAUCCCAUACAGUUGCUCAAGGAGCGCAUCGAGGCAUUCUGGCCGUGCAAUCUGCUCCAGCAAUUGUCGCGAGUCUAAAACAACAAAAAACAAAUUACAAAUAUAUAUGGAAACAGAAUAAACGCAAAUGAGGCGCCAACGCACAACACAAUACAGCAUGCACACCACUCACACACAUACACACACACACCCAGUCACACACACAGAUUUACAGAUACAGUUAUGGAAGAUACACGCAUCAAGGCAUCAGAAGAAAACGCAACGCAUCCAAAAGAGCAAAGUGAAAAAAACCCAAGUUACAAAAUGAACUCGAUAUGGAAAACAAAACAGAAAAAAACCUUUACAUACUAUAUAUCUAAAUACAUAUAUAUAUAUAUAUCUAAAUAUAUAUAUAUAUAUAUACAUAUAUUUUGGAUCUUUGUCUGUGUUUCGUGAACUAAUAAAUGAAAAGCAAGUAUGAACGAAUUGUGAUUACCACGCGCACUCAUUUUGCUCCAACGUUCCUAACUCUAAACUGUCCGAUCGUUUCGAAUUUACCUCCCCCCUAAGCCUAAGGAUUACAACUACUACUACUACUACUACUAUUAUGAUUAUUAUUAUUAUUAUUACUAUUAAAUUAUGCAUAAUUUUUAUUAUUACUUGUGUGUGUUUUGCGUGGCGUAUUCAUGUAUCUUUUGUUUUUAAGUUUUACUUUAGAUAUUCUCACAUACAAAAAACGGAAAAUACA